GUUUAUGCUUAAUUAUUGUUUAGUUUAGACGGUUGCUAAUGGAGUGCUGGGCUUGCAUUACAUACGUUUCGUUUUAAUUUUAUAGUUUUUAUUUUAUACAAUUUUACUAUUAAUCAACAAGAAAAUCGCACAAAUUUAUCUUAUCUAUGUAACUUAAAGCAAGAACAAAGGAAUACCUUUUAAAUAAUGUGUUAACACCAUAAAUUAUAAAGUGUAUAUUGAAGCAAACAAAACAACAAGUGGAUUUGUUUGAAAGAAGAAAUAAAUAAACCGUCUACUAUUACAUUGUGUUAUUUUAAAGUAAAAUCAAUUAAAUUACGGAAAAACAGGAGAAUUUAAAAAUUAAAUAAAAAUGUCCAACGUACAAGAUGUGGAAAAUGGCAUUUAUCCACAAUUACAACAAAGACCACAAACUAAUCGUCAGGAUACUGUAGAUAUGGAGGAAAUACCAUUAAACAAUUUACAACAGGAAUCUGAAGAAAGACGUAAAGUUCGUCAUGUAUUUGAAAGUCGUGAUGCUGAUGGUGAUGGUUUACUUAAUAUACAUGAACUAAAAGGUCUUAUAACUGCUGGCGUCUGUAGCGAUAUACCGCCAAAUGUGGCACAACAAAUUCUUAAAAUGUCCGACACAGACAAUAAUGGCUAUUUGGAUUUCGAGGAAUUUUAUCGUAUGUCUCAGAAGCAUCCAUGGUUGAUAAGAAAUGUACUGACAAGAUAUUGUCGUUUGGUGGUGCCGCCACCCAAGCCCUUGGCAGGCGAUGAGUUGGAUGGUGCCUAUGAAAAACAAAUGUCUAUAUGUCCACCUCCUUUAACUAUGGUCAUAUUCUCUUUGGUUGAAAUUAUAAUGUUUCUCAUAGAUGUUAUACAUUUUCAAGAUGAUCCCGAUAAUAAUCGCCGCAUUGGUGAGAGCACAAAUGGCCCGGCUGCCACACUGUUUAUCUACAAUCCCUAUAAACGUUUCGAGUCCUGGCGUUUUGUUUCCUACAUGUUUGUUCAUGUCGGCAUUAUGCAUUUGUUUAUGAAUCUUAUUAUACAAAUAUUUUUGGGUGUUGCCUUGGAAUUAGUACAUCAUUGGUGGCGUGUGGCUUUGGUUUAUUUGGCCGGUGUAUUGGCCGGUUCAAUGGGCACAUCUCUUACCAGUCCUCGCAUAUUUUUAGCUGGUGCUUCGGGUGGUGUUUAUGCCUUGAUUACAGCUCACAUAGCUACGAUUAUAAUGAACUGGAAAGAAAUGGAAUAUGCCAUUGUACAACUUCUCGUUUUUCUCAUCUUCUGUUUUACCGAUUUGGGUACAUCGAUAUAUCGUCACAUUACCGAUCAACAUGAUCAAAUUGGUUAUAUGGCCCAUUUGUCGGGAGCUGUAGCUGGCCUACUGGUGGGCAUUGGAGUAUUACGGAAUCUAGAAGUACGUCGCUGGGAACGUAUACUAUGGUGGAUUGCUGUUAUUUUCUAUUUUGCCCUAAUGAUGACUGGUAUAUUGAUACAUGUUUUUUUACCCGACUAUUUUCCCCGCCAAGAGUACAAUUAAUUGAAUAAUAAAUGCUUACGAAUAGACAACAAACAAAAAAA